AUGUCCGAGGCAAAACCAAAAGCAGGACGGCCAUCGUUGUUAGGGGUAUUCAAGGAGAUCUUCAACUGGUAUCCAUCAGAGUAUCCCUCAGAGGAACGACGAUUGCUUUUCAAACUCGAUUUAUCUAUUUUGAUCUUCGCUUGUCUAUGCUACCAAACCAAUAUCAGCAAUGCCUAUGUUAGUGGUCUCAAGGAAGAUUUCGGGCUUUACGGCAAUGAGUUGAAUUACUUUAAUGUUUGCUAUUUCACGGCAUAUGUGGUAUUUCAAGUUCCUGGGCUGCUGUUGAUGUCCCGCCCAAAACUGUGGAAGUACUAUGGGGGGAUUUGUACAUUUGCCCAAAGCCGCGUAACGAAUGUCAACCAGAUCUAUGCCCUGCGGUUUCUAGUGGGGAUGCUGGAGGCACCCGUCUUUGCCGGAACCCAUUUCAUUCUAGGUUCCUGGUAUUCUGGACCAGAGCUGUUCAAGCGAGCUGGCGCCUGGUUUAUCUGUAACCCUUUAGGAUCGAUGGUGAGCGGAUAUUUGCAAUCAGCAGCGUACACAAACCUUUCCGGGGUCGCCGGUAUGCCGGGUUGGAGAUGGCUAUUUAUCAUCGACGGCAUUUUCACAAUUCCGGUCGCCCUUAUUGGGUUCUUCAUUUUCCCUGGUAUUCCAGACUCACCGCGGCCAUUCUACCUCACCGAAAGUGAUAUUGCACUGGCGAAAGAAAGAACCGCCAGGGCCAAAAUUCGACGACCCGGGAAGCUUGGAUUGGACGUGUUCAAGAGGUCAUUGAAGAGAUGGCGUAUCUGGGUGUUCAUCCUUUGCUAUGCAUGCAUGAUCAUUUCAUCAUACCCGUCGUCAUAUAUGAAUCUGUGGCUCAAGGCAGAGGGUUACUCAGUGACACAAAUUAAUCAAUUACCCACAGUUAUAUACGCAAUCACCAUCGUCGCAUCUUGGCUCGGGUCGACUCUUGCAUCGAUAUACCCUCCAUGGAUCAUUUAUACUCUGGCAUCGGCCUGUGUUCUUUUCUCGACGCUUUGCAUGAUAAUCUGGAAUAUUCCUACUGCAUUGAAAUUCUUUGCCUGGUAUCUCUUUGGACUUUCCGGAUGUCUCAGUCCGAUUCUAUACUCUACCGUGAAUACCAUUGUCAAGGAUGACUCUGAAGAACGCGCCCUGAUCAUGGGCUCUAUGAUGACAUUUGGAUAUUCAUUUAAUAUUUGGGUCCCGCUUCUUCUAUUUCCAACUGCUGGGCCUAACGGGGCUCCGAGAUGGAGAAAGGGCUGGCCGGUGACUUUUGUUUUCUACUUCCUUCUUUGGGCUGGCUUUAUAUCCGCCAUCCUGAUCCACCGACGCGACCAAAGGAAUAGCAAAUCUAUUCAGUCCUUGGAGCAAAGUGAUGAAGAGGGAGAGACUAUUAUUGUUGGCGACGGGGCGGAGUCGAAAGCCGGAGAGUCAACACCGAAAGCACAGCCUGGAGAGAGGGGUUUACAGAUUGCAGAAACGUCUAAACAUUGA